AUGAGCAGCUCGGAGGAGGUGUCCUGGAUCUCCUGGUUCUGUGGCCUGAGGGGGAAUGAGUUCUUUUGUGAGGUGAGUAGCUAGCUAGUUAUGUCAGAACAUCACAGAAUGAGAAGGACAGACAGGGGAAAGACAAUUGCUGGGACUUAGCCAACUGUUUGUGAAGCUAGUUGUUUGUUUGAAAUACAGAAUGAACUGUUACAGCUACCAGCCAAAUAUACCCUAAACACAGAUGGAGAAUUCCAUGUAAAAGAGGACCCAACAUUACAGUGAUUAAAGUAAAGAGGUGGUUUUGUUUUGGUCCCAUAGUGUGUAACUGUGACAAACUUAUUAUCUCGUGGUGGUAGCUUCAGAUAUUCCAACACAGUGCAUGCAUAAGCUACAUUGCUUAAUUCUACCUUUAACUCUUCUGCUUGUCUUAAUUGCCAAUACUGAAGUAUUGUCAUGCUGAAAGCCAAGUCUCCCGAGUGGCACAGUGGUCUAAGGCACUGCAUCGCAGUGCUAGCUGUGCCACUAGAGAUCCUGGUUCGAAUCCCGGCUCUGCUGUAGCCGGCCGCAACCGGGAGACAAAUGGGGUGGCGCCCAAUUGGCCCAGGGUAGGGGAGGGAAUGGCCGGCAGGGAGGUAGCUCAGUUGGUAGAGCAUGGCGUUUGCAAUGCCAGGGUUGUGGGUUCGAUUCCCAUGGGGUAUGAAAAAAAUAAAUAAAAAUAAUGUAAGUCGCUCUGGAUAAGAGCGUCUGCUAAAUGACGUAAAUGUAAGUAAUCCCUUUAACCUGUUAUGCAAUUGACCAACUGUAGCCUAUUCAUAUAAAGAGUAGUAGACUGUGUUUGGCAGCUGAAAGCUACUAACCAUGUUGAUCCAUUCCACUGUACCAGGUUGAUGAGGACUACAUUCAGGACAAGUUUAACCUGACAGGGCUCAAUGAGCAGGUGCCUCACUACCGCCAGGCCCUCGACAUGAUCCUGGACCUGGAGCCAGGUGAGCUCAUCACUACACCGUCUGACAUGACUUCACACUGA